AUGAUGCUACAGUUAGCAGACAGAUCCGUAAAAGCUCCACAAGGCAUCAUUGAGGAUGUAUUGAUUCAGGUCGACAAAUUCUACUACCCAGUGGAUUUUGUUGUUCUAGAAAUGCAGCAGCCUGUGUCCACCAUCUAUCAGACUCCUGUUAUCCUUGGCCGACCAUUCCUUGCAACUUCUAACGCUUUAAUCAACUGUCGAAGUGGAGUACUCAAGCUUACGUUCGGGAACAUGACACAGGAAAUGAACUUAUUUAAUAAAAUGCCGACUGGGCGUGAGGAAUCAGAGGUACACGCAGUAGACAUGGUGGAUGACUUGGAUGCAUUGGAGUUGUUUUCAGCAGUUGGUCUGGAUGGUAUAUGUGAAAGUGAAGCUCCUGGACAACUUGAGGUAAUUGAUGAGCUGUCCACAGGGAUAGAUGAAAUACCGAUCCAUGAUGAGCAAUGGAGACCGCUGGAAUUGACUAUGUUAAACAUCACCUAUCCACUCACCGACAUGUCAUACGACCCUCAAGUUGAUGAUAUUGUGAACUACUUUGCUACCAAUCGAACAUUACUACAAGACAAGCGACAGUUCUUUUCAGAAGUCAAGAUUAUAUUUGAGAAGAUGGGUUCUCCUAACCACAAAGCAUGGCUCGAGGAAUUGGAUGAUGCACGCUGGGCUUACCAAGCUGCAAUCAAGAGAAUUUCAAGAAUGACUCCAUACAGGUUGAUUUACGGGUUGAGAAAAUUGCAGGUGCAUGCGCCCACAAAAUCUAAAAGGAAAGCCAAUGACAAGGACUACUUAGAGAAGAGGCAGAUGAAGUUCUCCUCUGCUACACCAACUCCGGCAGCAUCUUCAGUCCUGUAA